CGCCCAUCGAGCCACCACAAGGAGGGGGCGCUGUCCCCGUUGGACCCCCAGCACCCCGGACUGGACUCGCACUGCUCUGCACUUCUCCCCCGUGAGGCCGUGCUCAGACUCAGCCCUGCCCCGAGGAGGCCGCCAGAAUGACCAAACUCAAGGAGGCGGUGACCUUCCAGGACGUGGCCGUGGUCUUCACCAAGGAGGAGCUGCGGCUGCUGGACGCGGCGCAGAGGGCGCUGUACCGGGCUGUGAUGCUGGAGAACUUCCGGAACCUGCUGUCCGUGGGAGGCAAGAACCUAAAUGAGAUGGAAGUAGGAUUAAGGCAUCUACCACGCGAAGAGGUUUUCCGUUCACAAACUUGGCAGCAGUUCACUGUGGAGUUGGCCGGGCGUCAAGACUCCCUGGCGGGCAUUCAGAGAACUGGCACUGAGUUGAAGAACCAGCGUGACACACUCGAUAAAGACGGGGAGUUCAGCGAAGGCUGGAACCAGAGCUCACAGCUUCACGCUCAGUACAGAGUCCACGCUGGUGAGAAACCUCCCGGCGGGGAGGACCGUGCGGAAGGACUCAGCUGGCACUGUCGUCUUCCAAUUAGGCAGAGGGCCCACGCCGGAGAGAAGCCCUAUCCGUGUGAGAAGUGUGGUGACGCCUUCCGGCGGCACUCAAGUCUUCAGGCCCAUCAGAGAGCCCACAGCAGAGAGCGGGCGAGCCAGAGGUCGCAAAGUCGCCGUCAGCAGCGAGUCCCCACCGGAGAGAAGCCAGCCACAUGUGGGGAAUGUGGGAGGAAUCCUGGGAAACUGUCCUCUUGUCAGGUUCCGCUGACCGUCCACACAGGGGAGAAACUCCACACGUGCGAGGCGUGCGGGGUGGGCCGCAGCCAGCACUCGUGUCUUCAGGGCCGCCGGAGGGGCCACGCUGGAACUAAACCUUACAGCUGUGAGGAGUGUGGCAAGGGCUUCAGCUGGCGAUCCCGGCUGCAGGCCCAUCAGCGCAUCCACACCGGAGAGAAGCCGUACAGGUGCGACGCGUGCGGCAAGGGCUUCAGUUACAGCUCACACCUGCACAUCCACUGCAGGACCCACACUGGCGAGAGGCCCUACCAGUGCGCCGAGUGCGGGAAGGCCUUCAGCGUGGGCUCCCACCUCCAGGCCCACCAGGUCAGCCACACCGGGGAGAAGCCCUACAGAUGCGAGGAGUGCGGCAAGGGCUUCUGUCGGGCCUCGAACCUGCUGGACCAUCAGCGAGGCCACACCGGGGAGAAGCCGUACCAGUGUGACGUGUGUGGGAAGGGCUUCAGCCGGAGCUCCGACUUCAACAUUCAUUUUAGAGUCCACACGGGAGAGAAACCCUACAGAUGCGAGGAGUGUGGGAAGGGCUUCAGUCAGGCCUCCAAUCUGCUGGCCCAUCAGCGAGGCCACACCGGGGAGAAGCCGUACAAGUGCGCCACCUGUGGGAAGGGCUUCAGCCGGAGCUCAGAUCUGAACGUGCACUGUCGCAUCCACACGGGGGAGAAGCCUUACAAAUGCGAGAAGUGUGGGAAGGCCUUCAGCCAGUUCUCCAGCCUCCAGGUGCACCAGAGGGUCCACACUGGCGAGAAGCCCUACCAGUGCGCGGAGUGUGGGAAGGGCUUCAGCGUGGGCUCCCAGCUGCAGGCCCAUCAGAGGUGCCACACGGGGGAGAAGCCGUACCAGUGUGAGGAGUGUGGCAAGGGCUUCUGUCGGGCCUCCAACUUUCUGGCUCACUGUGGAGUCCACACGGGUGAGAAACCGUACCGGUGUGAUGUGUGCGGGAAGCGCUUCAGACAGAGGUCUUACCUUCAAGCCCACCAGAGGGUCCACACUGGCGAGAAACCCUACAAGUGCGAGGAGUGUGGGAAGGUGUUCAGCUGGAGCUCCUACCUCCAAGCCCAUCAGAGAGUGCACACCGGAGAGAAGCCGUACCGAUGCGAGGCGUGUGGGAGGGGCUUCAGCUGGAGCUCCAGUCUCGUCAUUCAUCAGCGAGUGCACGCUGAUGGCGAGGGGGACAAGGACUUCCCUUCAGAGGGGGCACCCAGGAAGUAAGCUCCACAAAGUGUCUCACCCGGGUGCUGAGACCCUCCAAGUGUCAGCGCUCUCAUAGGGGAUAGAACAUUGAUCCAUAAAGGGGUCAGAGGUGAGCCAGAGCUGGGCACAUCACGGUGGUCGGGAGAUGCCACAGCAGAGAAGCCUUGGGAGGGUGGAGCCGGAUGAAUCAUUCAGAUUCUUGACCUUAAUGGGUAAGCCAGGGGAGGCUCAGGAGAGACGGGUCUGACCUGGAGUGAAGCAGAAGUACUGACGGGAAGGCCGGCACCUGCUCCCUAGCAGAGGGGCUCCGAGAGGGUGGGGACUUGGUCGGUGCCAGAUCUGCUCUGCCUUUGCAGUGCCUAAUACAUUGUAUGCGUUUAAAUGAGCAGAAAGAACACUUAUUUUUUGGUUCAGUUUAUCCCUAAAGGUUUCUGUAAGAUUGUCCUGAGAACAGUCCUGCGAGGCUGAGAGGAAGGACACCCGGGUUUGACAUAACAGGCUCGUGUCCCCAGCCCUGUGGGUCCUGUGAACUGACAGUUGUCAGACAGAUGGUUGCAGUCCAUCGGGUCCAAAAGCCAGUUCAGUGGGUUGUGAUCAGCACUUUUGUACACAGACGGUACUUAAUUGAAGUAUAAUUUGCAUGCAGUAGUGUAAUGCCCUGGAUAAAUCUCAUUAAUGCCUUCCUAAAUUUUGACAAAUAUAUGCACUUACAUCAUCGUAAUCAAGAUCAAUGUCCACAAAAUUUCUAUUAAAAUUUCCUCAUAUCAGUGCCAACAAUUGUGA